GCCGGGGGCGAAGAGAACGCCUGACCCCGGCCCCGGCCUCUGCCGUCCGGCGCUUUCGUCUCCGCGCUUGCCCGCCUCGACCCUUCGGCCCCCUGCGCCGUCCCAGGCCCGACCCGGGGCCCCCGGAGUGCUGUGCGCCAUGCGGCUCCCGCCUCCGGCCCGGGCUGGGCCCCGGCGGGGCGGCCCCGCGCUGCUGCUGCUGCUGCUGCUGGCCGGCUGCCCGCGGGGCUCCGGGGGCGCGGCCGGCGCCCGCAGGCCCAACGUGGUGCUGCUGCUCACCGACGACCAGGACGCGGUGCUCGGCGGCAUGACCCCACUAAAGAAAACAAAGGCUCUCAUCGGGGAGAUGGGGAUGACUUUCUCCAGUGCUUAUGUGCCAAGUGCUCUCUGCUGCCCCAGCCGAGCCAGCAUCCUGACAGGGAAGUACCCACAUAACCAUCACGUUGUCAACAACACAUUAGAGGGGAACUGCAGUAGUGCGUCUUGGCAGAAGAUCCAGGAGCCACACACUUUCCCAGCAAUACUCAGAUCAGUGUGUGGCUACCAAACCUUUUUUGCAGGGAAAUAUUUAAAUGAGUACGGAUCCCCAGACGCAGGUGGACUGGAACAUGUUCCUCUGGGCUGGAGCUACUGGUAUGCCUUGGAAAAGAAUUCUAAAUACUAUAAUUACACCCUGUCUAUCAACGGGAAGGCGCGGAGGCAUGGCGAGAACUACAGUGUGGACUAUCUGACAGAUGUCCUGGCGAACGUCUCCUUGGACUUCCUGGACUACAAGACCAAUUCCGAGCCUUUCUUCAUGAUGAUCUCCACUCCUGCACCCCACUCCCCAUGGACUGCCGCCCCUCAGUACCAGAAGGCCUUCCAGAACGUCUCUGCACCACGAAGCAAGAACUUCAACAUCCACGGAACGAACAAGCACUGGUUAAUUAGGCAAGCCAAGACCCCAAUGACGAAUUCCUCAAUCCAGUUUCUAGAUAAUGCGUUUAGGAAGAGGUGGCAAACUCUUCUCUCGGUUGAUGACCUCGUUGAGAAAUUAAUCAAGAGAUUGGAGUUCAAUGGGGACCUCAACAACACUUACAUCUUUUAUACCUCAGACAAUGGCUUUCACACAGGACAGUUUUCUUUGCCAAUAGACAAAAGACAGCUGUAUGAAUUCGAUAUCAAAGUUCCGCUGUUGGUCCGUGGACCGGGGAUUAAACCCAAUCAGACCAGCAAGAUGCUGGUUGCUAACAUUGACUUGGGCCCCACUAUUCUGGACAUUGCUGGCUUUAAUCCAAAUAAGACACAGAUGGACGGGAUGUCUCUUUUGCCCAUUUUGAGAGGUGCCAGUAACCUGACUUGGCGAUCAGACGUCCUGGUGGAGUAUCAAGGAGAAGGCCGUGAUGUCACCGACCCUACGUGCCCCUCCCUGAGUCCUGGAGUAUCUCAAUGUUUCCCCGACUGCGUGUGUGAGGACGCCUACAACAACACGUACGCGUGCGUGCGGACGCUGUCGGCCCGCUGGGACCUGCAGUACUGCGAGUUCGAUGACCAGGAGGUGUUCGUGGAAGUCUAUAACCUGACUGCAGACCCGCACCAAAUCACCAACAUUGCCAAAAGCAUAGACCCAGAGCUUCUAGGCAAGAUGAACUACCGGCUGAUGAUGCUGCAGUCCUGCUCCGGACCCACCUGCCGCACUCCAGGAGUCUUCGACCCUGGAUACAGGUUUGACCCUCGCCUCAUGUUCAGCAGCAAUCAGGGCAGUGUCAGGACUCGAAGGUUCUCAAAGCAUCUUCUGUAGCGGCCGGGUCCCUGACGCCUCUGCUGAUGAAGUGAUGCUAGUCUUGUCUGUGUCUCGUCUGCAAGGCCACGGCCGGAGCUUCUGGACUGGCUGUGCUGUGAGUCCCACUGAGCGAGCAGCCCGUCAGCUGACUUCCUGUGCAAUGUGUUAGACUGUGAACUGCGCCCCGGGGCAGGGGCAGCAGUCCCGGUCCCUUCUCAGCUGCUCCUGCUGCUCCCGAGCUCUUUGUUCUCGCCCUUUCUGUCCCGUGACCGCAGUCCCCGAUGCUCCGCGUGUGGCUGAGCUUGCAGGGCCAGUCAGAUCAGUGGCAGUACUUAGUGGCGGGGGGAGUAUUUCGGCUGUGCAGCCUGCCCUGAACUCAAGGGGCCUCACAGCGUUUCAGACUAGCAGGUCCCUCCCUGACAUACCAGCCUCACACGUGGCUCACAGAACCACCUGAGCAGCGGAAUCGUGGCUUCCCGGAACCGCGGUCCGAGGCGGUGCAGUUCAUAGAAAUACAUUGCUGUAGAACCUCUGGCAGUGUGAGGUUCGAAACAUUCGAAACAAGCUGGUAUUUAUUUGGUUUCAUUUUCUGCAUACCGGCCUGGUGCAGUGCCGACACCGGCGUGGCACGGAGCAGGAGUGCACGUCUCUCCUCUCCCUUGACAUCUGAAGCUAGUUGCCCAGUAUGGCAGCAGAGGUUGGAAGAAGCUCCCAGUGGUCAGGUGAAGGUUGUUUUCCUGAGGACCGCUGCCCAGCAGCUCUGGGUGAAGUGGACAGGAUGAAGGGCUGCCCUUGGGAGGAACUCCCUGCCCGGCGGGAAGCAGGGUGUGGGCCCAUGUGUGGAGAUGUUUUGAUUCUGUGUUUGGCUGAUACUCUUUGUUGUAAGACGUAAAAAUUUCCGAGAAUUGAUGCAAAGUACCAGCCAGGAGAGAAUCCCCUUCCUUAUCCUCCCUUGUCAGAGGCUGUCUUAGAGCCCCUGUAUGAUGGGGGUCCCAUUCACUGUUCUGUCAAAACCAGAUCUUGCUGAGGUUUCGUCCCUGCUUUAAAAGCACCACCAGGAGUGAUACCUACGUGCAGAGCUGGGAGUAACCCCUGAGCACUGCUGGGUGUGAUUCCAAAACAAAAAAGCUGCACACAUUAGGGCCAGAGAUAAGAGUACAGGAGGUAGGGCGCUUGCCUCGCCUGCCGCUGACCUGGGUUCAAUCCCUGGCACCCCGCAUGGUCUCCUGAAGUACCGCUGGGUAUAGUUUAAAAACACUUUUAUUGUUUGUUUGUUUCAUUUAGUUGCAUUUCUUGGCAGAUUUUUUUUUCCCUUUCCCACAAUUUUCUUCACAUCAGGCUCACUGACAGCGGGACCGCAGGGGACGGGGCAGUGUUGUGGAUCACCACGUGUUAACCAGGCAGCAGCGAUGGUAGCUUUGAGAAGGUCUUUGCUUGAGCUUUCAGCACUGUGUAGACAUGGCCGUCAGUGACUGCUCUCGGAACCGCAGAGCCUGUGGGUUAGUAGCCACUAGGGAUGUUCCUUUACCUCCUGCAAGCUCAGAAACUGAAGUGGGGCCCGGGGCGUGGGAAGGGCGACCGAGAAAAACACCUGUCUGAUUUCUUAGGGAACUCAGUCCUAGACCUUCUGGACUAGAAGCAGACUACAGAGUUGACUGUGGUGUGGGCUUCGUCUGAUACUUUAAUUCUUUACAUUAAUCAGUCAACAUUCAGCUUCCACACUCAUGAAAGUUGACCAGUUAUGCCCAAAUAAAAAGAAGCUUUCACCAGGUCCUGUCUGUGGUUCAGUUCCGUGAUGCUGGCUCCCGAAAGCAGGUAAAGCCAUAAGAGGGACCCAGUUCCCUGCUGACAGCCCCCCUGCCAUACUGCUCAUCCCAGCACAGUGAGACCCCCGCCGUGCACCCCUCCUGCCUACCUUCUGCACAACCUCCAAGUUUUCACCUCAGUUGGCUUUGUUCUGGAUCCGUGCUAAGAUCACUUUCAUGCAGAGGCCCUCAGUUAAUGGACCCACACUCAGCUUGUCUGACUGCAGAUAGGGGACCAUGACAAGACCUUGUUUGAAAAGUGCUAGUUUGAAUUUUGAUGAUUUUCCCUUUGUAAAAGGCCGGGUUCUUAUCUGUCGAUGUUCUUUUCUAUACAUAGAAAACUGUAUAAUCAUUAGGAGUGAACAGAGGCCAUAGAAAUGAAUAAAUUUGUUGCCUUGUUAAGAGUUCUUAUAGUUUUCCCGCAACUACACUUGUGAAGUAGGAAACAACAUUUGACCAUCUUUGAAUGUGACCAGUGGUGCUGAUGCAAGUAUAUUUUAAUUGAAAAUAUGAGGGUUUUUUGUUUCAGGAUUUGAGGGGCUACACCUAGAGGUAUUCGGGGUUACUCCUAGCUCUGUGCUCUAGGGUCACUCCUCGCAAGACUUGGGGACCAUCUUGGGUUCCAGGGAUCAAACCCAGGCCUCGCAGAGCAAGCAUCCUGCCCACUGGACUAUUGUUCUAGCCCCAGUGAAUACUGGAAUUUUUUGUACAGAAGACUAACAAAUGAUAGCCAUGGAAGUUUUAUCUAAAUCUAUGAGAAAUGUUACUAAUUUUUAAGUAUCUAAAGGAUAAAUGCUUUUUUAAAAAGGAAGACAAAUUGUCCUGGACCCUUAGUUAGAGAAAGCAAAGGGUAUUCCAGCUUAUCCGUCAGUGGGGUUCCAUGGGGACUUGGGUUCUUGCGUUUCCCACCGUGAGGGGCCCGCUGAGCGUGUGCUUCCUGUCCACACCGUCUGCUCCUAAAAGGUUUCUCUGCCCUGGCUCUUUGUCAUCAGUCAUUUGACUUAGAAAGUGCCCUUCAAAGGACCCUGUUCACUGCUGCACUUUUCAACGAAUUAAAAAGGAUUUCUGUCCUA